UCUGGCUCCGCCACUGCACCGCCCAAUAGUACAACCCCAAAUUUAUUACGAGUAUGUAUAUUGUCAACAUUUUAAUUAAUUAUUACUCCCUCCAUCCCGAAAACAACUUCCCACUUUCCUUAAAUGGAUGUCCCAAAAUUAACUUCACACUUCAAUACUUUCCUUAUUUGACAAAUUAUCUACAUAAAAAAGUGAUAAACAGUGUCAAACAGUGUUUAAACAGUGCUAAACAGUGUUUAAAUAGUGCCAAACAGUGUUUAAACAGUGCCAAACAGUGUUUAAACAGUGCAAAAUAAUGCAUUCUACAGUAAAGUCAAAUUUAUUUCCUAAAAGUGUGUGAAAGUCCACCGGGAAGUUGUUUUCGGGACGGAGGUAUAUUAUUACAAGUAAAUAUUUAGAUCACUCAUGUAUGGACUACCAAAUAUUUCCACGGCACCUAUUAGUAACCAAGCAAAGCAUGAUUGAAAUUAAACCACCGACGAAGAAGCUGCCCAUAUUAAUUACCUCGGAUCAGGUAAGUACCCAUUGCCCCGUACGCGGCAUUUACUUAUUUAUACCUCAAACUUCCAUUCAUUUACAAUUCAUACCCACCCGGCAAUAACUCCUUCUCUAUGGACCAAUUGAAACCAAGCCGCCCAAAUUCAUGUCCGUUAACGCCGUUAUCCUUCCUCCAACGGGCUUCCACCAUUUACGGCGAAUGCGCCUCCGUCGUACACAACUCCACCGUCUACACGUGGUCCGACACCUACACCCGUUGCCGCCGCCUCGCUUCCGCCAUCGCCUCCAUCCUCGGCCCUGGGAGUGGCCAUGUCGUCUCCGUCAUCGCCCCCAAUAUCCCGGCAACCUACGAGCUCCAAUUCGCCGUCCCGAUGGCCGGCGCCGUUAUCAACAACAUUAACACCCGUCUUGACGCCCGGACGAUCUCCGUGAUCCUCUCUCACGGCGAAUCUAAGGUUGUCUUCGUCGAUUUCCAGUUUUACCCUCUGGUUCUCGAGUCAAUUUCUAUGCUGCCACGUAACGGUCAACGCCCAUUGUUAGUCCUAAUCGAAGACGGUCAAGACAAAGUCAAAAUCGACAAAAAAAUUGACGGAUCCGUCUACGAUACUUACGAGGGGUUGUUGGAAACCGGAGAUUCCGGAUUCGAAUGGAUCCGACCCGCGGGAGAAUGGGAUCCGAUCACACUUAAUUACACUUCCGGCACCACUUCAUCUCCGAAGGGAGUAGUCCACUCCCACCGGUCAAUCUAUGCCAUGACCGUUGACUCUUUGAUAACCUGGUUCGUCCCGGACCGGCCGGUUUACCUGUGGACACUGCCCAUGUUCCACUCCAAUGGGUGGUGCUUCACUUGGGGCAUGGCGGCGGUCGGCGGCACCAACAUUUGCCUUCGAAAAGUCGAACCCGACACGGUCUACUCGCACAUCGAGAAGUACAACGUUACACACAUGUGCGGCGCGCCGGUGGUACUCAACAUGUUGGCCAAUUUUCCCCUAGCCAAGCCGCUCAAGUCCCCUGUCAGAUUCCUCACCGGCGGCGCUCCGCCGCCGGCGUCCGUGGUUCUACGUAUCGAAUCACUCGGAUUCAUCGUGAACCACGGGUACGGGCUGACAGAGGUCUCGGGAGUGGUGGUUUCCUGCGCGUGGAAGCCAAAAUGGAACGGGUUAACACCGGAGGAACGAGCGAGGCUGAAGGCGAGACAAGGGGUGAGGUCUCUCGGGAUGAUGGCGGUGGAUGUGGUGGAGGAGGGGUCCGGGAAGAGCGUGAAGCGGGACGGGGUCACGGUGGGGGAGAUCGUCCUCAGAGGACAUUCUAUAAUGUUGGGUUACCUUAAAAACCCCGAGGCGACCAAAAAGGCCUUGAAAGACGGCUGGUUCUAUACAGGAGACGUCGGGGUGAUGCACCCCGACGGCUACCUGGAAAUCAAGGACCGGUCGAAAGACAUCAUAAUCACCGGCGGGGAGAAUGUGAGCAGUGUGGAGGUGGAGUCGGUUCUUUACUCACACCCGACGGUGUUUGAGGCGGCGGUGGUGGCUCGGCCGGACGAGUUUUGGGGAGAAACGCCGUGCGCUUUUGUAGCUCUACACCCAAACAUCAACAAUUGCCCUGAGCGGGAGAAGCCGACCGGGAAUGACAUUAUAGAGUUCUGCCGGGAAAGGCUGCCGCAUUAUAUGGUGCCGAAAACAGUGGUUUUCAUUGAAGAGCUUCCCAAGACGUCCACCGGAAAAGUUCAGAAAUUUGAGCUGAGAGGAAUGGCGAAGAAGUUGGGGACAGUGGGCAUUAGUAGUCGAAUGUAACAAGCGACGACCCCGAUCCAAACACUCCCGUCAAUUCUUUUUUCCUUCAUUUUCUCACAUUUGUUUUUGAUCGUAUAUAUGCUAAAAUAUAAAGUUAUAAACUCAAUUGUUUGUAAUUUUUCAUACUACUAUACGACUAAUAUAUACGGAGCAAAUUGGUAAAACUAGCUAGAUGAGACUAGCACACUACUACAUUCCACUCAUUAUGUGCAAUAUUUGAGAUUGAACCGUUCAUUAUCCCGUUGGGUUGUGUCAAUUUUCCUCUUGUACUUGUCACAAAAAACUUUUGCACUUUUUUACUAAAGUAAUUAAUUUGUGAUUUUGCUCA